CUACAAUGGCAGACAAGACAGCUCUCACUGCUGGUGAAGAAUGCCAGCAGGCUGCAAAGAUCUUGAGUUCUUUUGCUGAUCCAAGACAAGGCGCCAUCACGGCUGCAUUUAUUACAACUGCCAUGGGUCUUGCUGUUUUCAAAGGCGACCAAGGUGUUGCUAUUGUCCGCUUAAAGACUCAAGAAUGGUCUGCACCUUGCGCAAUCACAUGGGAAAAUGCUUCUGGAACCAUUCAGCCUGGACAAGAAACAGUGCUUUUAUUUAUGACAGAGAAGAGCAUAUUCUCACUAGUUGGUCGUACCCCUUUAGUGCUUAACCGAACUCAUGUGUUUCAGCCUGGCCCUCUAUAUGGAAAUAUUCUUGAUCUAAAUAGUAACACGGAUGUGUACGCUUAUGUGCGCUAUAACAAUGGAUUCACUCCUGCCGACUUGAUUUCUGCUCACAUGUCUGGAUGGUCUGUGCGUGAGGAUCCACCACGGCAUGGUCGUUGGCACGGAAAAGAUGCAACUUGGUUUGAUGUACUCACUAACAAGAUUACUGUAGAUCGUAGUAGUGUUGGGAAUGCGCUCUACCUUGUGUUGAAUAUGGCAGCUAGCAAUAGUGGGAGUGCCAACCAAUCUGGCGAGCAUAAAAAUGUGGCAGAUUUGAGCAAGCUUUUAGCUCCUGCUGCAACCCAGCCUUUACAACAACAGUUGCCUGGAGGGGCUGGAUCUAUGGGAUUGCCACAAGAUCAGAUUUACUCUACACAACAACAGCCUAGCUCACUGGAUCCACAAUCACAGGCAUUAUAUCAACAACUUCUUCUUGAGCAACAACAACAGCAAAUGUUUCUUCUUCAACAGCAGCAACAACAACAACAGCAGCUCAUGAUGCAAACCCAACAACCAAUCGGUAUGUCCGGUAAUUCUCAGAUUAUGUUUAAUAACAUGCAGCCACAGCUCCUACAACAGCAGCAGCAGCCUUCCAUGGUAGGAUAUGGAAAAUUCAUGCCUCAACAAUUUAUGCCUGGAAUGCCAGCUCAAAACCUUACACUGCAACAGCAGCAACAGUAUCUCCAGAAUAACCAACACCAAAUAAACGGCCAAAAUGCCCAGUCUCAGCUAAACGGUAUAAACCCACAACUGGGUCAAGGUGGUCAAGCCUGGAGCAGCCACGGCAUGUAAAUUCUUGUGAAUACUUGAAUUGUGACCCAAUAAUUAGCUUUAAAAUGCCAAAAGAAAUCGCUACAAUCCAUCACUCCCCUCAUCAUUUACGUACUUUGCUGCUACCAAAUAUAUAUAUUGGUAAAUCCUACACAAAGCCAUUCGUGUCAUUUUGAUAAGGUUUAUUAUGCCUCAUUUUUGUUUGUUUCGACCACAUAAUGAUUUUGAUUCAACGUCCUAUUUUGAAAAUUGCCACCAACUGGCUAUUUUUGUUUUUUUGCAAUGUUGAUCACACUCUAUUCAAAUUAUUAAAAGGAGCGAGUUUAAAUCC